CCAUGUACCUUGGCUCUGUAGCUCUAAGCUGUAACUUGGAAUUCACGCAGCAUCGUUGCUUGUCGUCGUUGGAUCCCAGGUAUUGCACAGCAAAGAAAGCUCGGUGGUUGAAUGCCUCCACGGUCAACUGUGGAGACUUUGGCCUUUCCCACAUGACCCCCAACCGCUGCUACACGCCCUCCCACUGCUCUCCAACCACCACCCCACAUGGAGAGAAACAUCUCAUAAGUUCUUUGAACCAUCUUCAGCAACAACUGUAAUCUUGAAGGUCUUUGUUCUCGACAGAAAAUGAUGCAAGAGCUCUCCACAACUGAUAACAAGGGCUCCUCACCGGCGCCGGCAGCUCGAGUAAGAGUUUCCAGAGCAAGGAAUAGCCCGAGAACAGAUUCGGGAAAUGGCAUCUCACAAGGCUUGAAAGCAGGGCCAAAGGUUGUUCCUUUAGAAGCAAACAGCACCCAAAGUGUUAGAAGAUCUAUUCAACUGAACAAGCCGAAGCCAGGGGUCGAUCAUGUCGGAGCUCCAAAGGGAAGGGAGAUUGAGAAUUUGAAGAUUACCAGCGGAAACCGAGUUGCCGAGCAGUAUGCUCGGUUGCGGCGGCGGGGAGAUAUCUAUUGCAGGGGAACUGAAGAUGAAGCUGUUGUGAGGACAAAGAAUUGCCUUGAUGAGAAAGACAGAUUGGUGAAGGAAUUGCAGCAUGAAGUGGUAGAACUGAGAGCCCAGUUGGAGAAGCUGCAGGGCCUUAACGUUCGCCUGGAAUCGCAGAAUAAGAAGCUUGGGGAAGACCUCUUGGCUGCUCAAGAAAAAAUCGGAGCCCUUGAGAGGAGUGAGCAGGUGGUGCCAGUCGGUGAUGAAGCCGAUCCUUCUGGAUUUAGGGACAAGCAGAAACUCAUAGCAAGCAAGUUAGAUCAGCUUAGAGUAAAGGAGGUUCUCAGGGAAGACACCAGUGUGAAAAUACAGUCCUUGGCAUCAAAAUCUAGGACAAAAGCUGUAGAAAAUCCACCAAAAGUUUUGAAGGAGCUCUUUUCACCUCCCCCAACUCAGGGUGUACCUAUCAGUGGGCCUCCUCCACCUCCUCCACCACCACCUCCUCCACCUCACAGUAUCCCUGCAAGAGAAAAUACAGUGCAUAAGGCUACAGCACUAGUUGAACUAUAUCAUUCAUUAACAAAGCGAGAUGGAAAGAAGGAUUCGGUGGGGAAAAGGAAUUCUGUCAGUCCUGUGUCUAGUAAGGCACAUAACAGCAUAGUUGGAGAGCUUCAAAACCGAUCAGCUCAUUUGUUAGCGAUUAAAGCAGAUGUGGAAACAAAAGGAGACCUCAUCAAACAGCUCAUACAGAAAGUUCAAUCUGCAUCUCACAAGGAUAUGGAAGAUGUCCUGACUUUUGUUGAUUGGCUUGAUGGACAGCUCUCUACAUUGGCUGAUGAGAGAGCUGUUUUGAAGCAUUUUAACUGGCCUGAAAGGAAAGCUGAUACAUUAAGAGAAGCUGCUUGUGAAUACCGUGAUCUUAAACAGGUAGAAGCUGAAGUUUCUUCUUUAAAGGAUGAUGCCUCCAUGCCAUGUGAUGCCACCCUGAAGAAGAUCUCAAACUUGCUAGAUAAGCUCGAGCGAAGCAUGCACAGAUUGAUCAAGUUGAGAAAUACUUCUAUGCUACCUUUCAGGGAGUGCAAAAUUCCAACAGACUGGAUGCUUGAUUCGGGAAUGGUGAGCAAGAUAAAGAUGGCCUCUGUGAAGCUCGCCAAAGUGUACUUAAAGAGAGUAUCAAUGGAGCUUGAAUCAGUUCGACAUUCAGAAAGGGAAUCAGCACAGGAGGCACUUGUCUUCCAUGGUGUUCGCUUUGCUUAUCGGGUGCAUCAGUUUGCUGGAGGUCUUGACACUGAGACGAUGCAUGCUUUUGAGGAGCUGAGAAAGCAGAUUCAAUCAGAAGGAAAAGGAUCAAAGGACCUGCUUCCUGUUACCACAAUGUCUUGACAUAGCAUCAGAGAUUAUCAUAAUUUUGAGGUGGAACAGCAAGCUGAGGGAGCCAUAUUAUACUUGCAAAUCUAACGGUUGUUUUGAGAGUUCGGAUUAGGUUAUCGGAACCGGGGAGCAUUAUCAUGUGGGCUCAUUGGUGUUAAUUGAGAAAUGGGCCGUGUAAAGAGCUCAAGUGGACUAUUAUGUGAUAGAGACUUAGAGCUUUGUUAGUGAAGGAAUGUAGCAAAUUGUAUUAUUGGACAUCCAAAUAAAUUAAUUUUUAUGAGCCUUACACCAUCUAU